UGCUGUAAGCUUUCCUUUGGGGUGAGGCGACUCUUUUGACACACAAGCAACAGGACUCCAGGAUGAUUCACAUGGAGGACAGACUCCUCUUGAACCCUCAGCUUAGUGACUUCAGUGAACUGGUCUUGCAUCACAUUGUUGUACUCCUUCUCUUAACCCACUCUUGUGGAGGUCAGUCUCAGGUGAUCGGUACAUCUCAGCCAACAGUGGCAAUGGUUGGCGAUGACAUCAUUUUGCCAUGUCACCUGGAUACUGGUGUAGAUGCUACUGACCGGACUGUGGAGUGGGCGAGAUCUGACUUAGAUCCCAGAUUUGUCUAUUUGAGGCGAGACAGUGUGGAGCUUCACCUUGAGGAGCAUCCAUUGUACAUGGGGAGAACAUCGCUGUUCACCAACAACCUUAAGUGUGGAGACAUUUCACUGAAACUCUCUAAAGUGAAACUCUCUGAUGCAGGAAGCUACAGAUGCCUCGUUCCCAAAUCUAUAGAUGUUGUGGUUGAGCUCACUGUGGGUUCCGUCUCCUCACCGGACAUAGAUAUUUCCAAAGUCAGCAAUGGAGUGCUGUUAGAGUGUAAAUCUAAAGGCUGGUAUCCAGAGCCUGAGGUGUUGUGGCUGGACGGUGAGGGAAACCUCCUCUCUGCUGGACCUCCAGAGACAGUCAGAGGUCCUGAUGACCUCUAUACUGUCAGCAGCAGAGUGACUGUGGAGAAGAGACACAGCAACAGCUUCACCUGUAGAGUCCAACAGAAGAACACCAACCAGACCAGAGAGGCACACGUCCAUCUGCCAGCUGAUCUCUUUAUGGUUCAGUCUAUUCCUGCUGUCCGCAUCACCAUCAUCUUGGCAGUGUGCAUUGUGCCUAUUGUUGUCUUCAUUGUGUGGAAAUGGAGAUUAAACAAAACCAAAACCACAAAAAGCGGCAUUGAACUUCAGCCUCUAAAUGAGGGAGAAGGUGACAGAGAGAAGCUCAUGGCAAAAAGUCAGAAAAUUACCUAUUUGGACAACACAAAGGCAAAUCUUGAUGAGGACUUGCGGAGGAAUGAGGGAGAAUUGCAACAUGUACUACAGGUGAUUAUAGCACUUGGGAACCAGAAGAAGGAUCUGAAGGGUCAGAGAGAGAAACUCAUCUCACUACAGCAGAAAGACAAGACACAGAUAGAAGAGAACAAGAAGAAGCUGGAUAACACCCCAGUAACGCAAGAAAAAAAAAAAAUGAGUAAGCGUGAAAAGACCAAAGAGGAUCUGGAGAGGAGAAAGACAGAACAUGAGAAACUGUUACAGAACACAGAUAAACUACUGGAGACAACAGAGGAGAUGAUUAAUACAAUGACAGAAAGGAAGGGGAAACUAGAGAGAGAUAAAGAGCAAAUAAAUAAAAACCUGAAAGAGACGGAGAGACAGACGGAGAUUCAGAGGAAACUUCAGCUGGAUCAGUCAGAGAGAGAAGAGGACAAAAAUAAUCCAUCAUCCAAUGAUCCUUUAUGAUUGUUUCACUUGAUAUUUAGUUAAAAUCACAUAAUUUGUAAACAUUUAUAACAUCUGAUUCAUUAAUUUUAGAUCCCUAGUACCAUCAGUUUAAGCAAUCUGACUUGCUGUUCCACACAAGAUGUGGCCACAGUGAACUUUGGUCUAUUUUCUGCUCAGAUCCUGCAGGUCAUGUGACUAAAGCAACAUUAAUAUAUGGCAAUACAUAAAACAAUGCUCCAGUGACCCAGUGCUUGAAUUAGUUCUAUAGGAAUCAUUUUUUUUCUCAUCUUUGUGUUGCAUAAUGUUGCCUGUUUUUUUAUUGAACACUAAUAUUCUAUUGUAUUUGUUUUAAAUUCAUAUGACAUCAAUAAUGCUUUGUACAAGUGAUUAAAUAAUCCUGAAUAAUGUAAGGUAUGUUAUAUCGGUCACUAUUGAAUUGUUCUGUUUACUUCAGAUUAGAGUAAACAGGUGGUGAGAUAAGCUCAAAACUGAAAUGAGAGAGAGAAAACUCUGCAGCAUUAUCAGUCGGUCAGCAGUUUCCACCCAACAAUACCAAGUCAACGAAAAAUAUAAUCAUAACCAACCUGAUGUUUUGUAGGUGAGAAAUACAGACGUUUUGUGUCAUUUUUGUAACUGUAUAUGUUGCU